AUGGGUGGUCAAAGCAGAGAAGGUGGCAAGGUCAAGCCCCUCAAGCAGGCCAAGAAGGCUCAGAAGGAUCUCGAUGAAGAUGAUCUCGCCUUCAAGGAGAAGCAGAGAGCUGAUGCCAAGGCUAAGAAGGAUCUGAUGGAGAAGGCCAAGGGCAAGGGUCCCCUGAACACCGGUGCCCAGGGCAUCAAGAAGUCGGGCAAGAAAUAA